AUGACAAUGACCGCCACCCAAACCACAGCCGCGAAGAGCAACAGGCAUCUCGCCGUUCCGACGAAGAACAACGGGAACCCGUUUGCGACCCGUGGAAUCUACCGCCCGAAUGCACAACGGCUGAGCAUCUCCCUCAUGCCGCUGGUCGCUCAGAGGUCGCUGCUGUUCAGAGUGCAGGCGGACAUGUCGAGGUGUACGACCUACGAGGAGACGACUUCACCAGAAGAGUACCGCGGGCUGUACACCCUUACGCCCACAGCAAGUGCGAAGCUCGUUAGCGCCGUGCUCACCUCUGCGCGCUUCUCCGCUAUCCCGUCCGCAGCAUCCUCCGGUAGCGUCUACAGCCAGGAGUCGUGGAAGUCUCCAGCCUCGUCCAAACUCGCACCACCGAUCGCAGCUGCCUUUCUUCCGCCCGUCGCUAUCGAUCCGCGUCGCCAGGCCAUCGUCUUCAGCCCUAGCGUCCAGUGGUCCGACCACUCCGAAAGCGAGAGCGAACGUGCCAAUCUGACCCAGGAGCAAACUCACGGGGAUAGCGACAAGGACUCGAUUUCUGAAUCGUCUGAUUCGGGCUGCUCGGAGCAUGGCAUCAAGACUCCGGACUCGCCUGGCGCCCCCGUGCAGAUGGUGCAGGUCAGGGUUCAGAUCGUCGGUCCCGAGGACAGUCUCAUCGACCCCGACGAGGACGUCUUUGCCAGAGACCCGCCAAAGAAGGCCGGCGUCCUUACCAGCGCGAAUUUGGAGCUGUACCUCCCGCCCAUUGACCUCGAGCGACCGCCGCAGCCGUUAGCCCUUCCUGCACCAACAGCGUCGAUCGUCGAAGUUGUCGAUCGUCCAGCAGCUGCCGGCACUGUCAACGCCAACAGCAAUACCAAGAAGCUGCAGAAGAAGAAGGUCGGUUUGACCGCUGAUGUACAGAAGCGCGCUUCGUCGAAACCAUCCAAGGCGUUCGGCAAGGUCAUCUCGCACCUGUCUCUCCAGCCAGCGAAGAGAGAGGUCGCUGCCGCGGUCAAGGCGAUGCAAAACAGGAAAACGAUGAAUAUCGUACACCUCUCGCCGGACUACAAGCUUCCCGAGUUGGCGUUGGCGGAACCGCUGAACGUGUCGUUCCUCGCCAAUGUGAAGUCGCCGCCGCUCGCCAUCAUGCCGGCUGCUCCUGUGGGUGCUGAGAAAGGUCCUCGGAAGAACACCAGCCCCUCAAACCGGGCAACGACGGCCCCUUUCCCAACAGUUCCACGCCCCAAGUCCCACCCACCUGACGCUCCCAAGCCAGAACCCGCUCAACAGCAGCCCACAGGUCCAUCAAGCAUCGCCUUCCCUCAAGGUCAACGCUCACGCCCACAACGUCCCUCUCGGCCACCCCACCUGACCCCGUUCCCACUUCCUCUCCACAUCUCGCAAUCCCAGCACUUCCCUCUGCCCGCUUUCCAGCACCCGCACCCAGCAACGCCUCGUCGUGCUGCGAGCCCUCCACCUCUGUCGACACCUAUCGCUGAACUCACGCCCGGUCCCCCUCUCACAGCGACGGCGAUGCGUAAAGGCCACCGGAGGUAUAAGUCAUCGCCGGCUGUGCCCGAUUUCAUGCUCGAGGAGCUGGCGAAGCAACACGGACAUGGACAAGGGAAGAAGCGGUGGGACGUGGAGAGUAUGCCGCCGCUCCCACCCAUGCCGGCCUUGCCUGCGGGUGCCAGUGGGAAUGGUGCGAUGGGAUUGAAGACGACGAUGGUGGGACAGCCACCUGCGAUCCCGCCGCGGUCGACUGCCCGACCGAACUCGAAGUUAAUCGCGGAAUCGGUUAUAGCCCCCACAGGUGCACCGGUGACGAGGGCGAGGGCGAUGAGCACUACGAAUCGUGCGACUGUACACGCGCCGCCCGCGAAGGUAGCACCUCCUUUCCCACUUCCUCGAUAA